AUGCCCUUGCGACUCAGAGAGCUCGUGGCGAACGCGCGCACUCGUCUCAGACCAGCAAAGGCUAAAGACCCACCACCGAUAUCUCGAUUACAUGGCGUCAAUAGCCACCCACGCACCCUCGGCAUCGUCGCCCGGUCUAUCGACUUCGUGAAACCACGAGUCCGGCGCCUGAAUCGCAAGGCCACACGUUCCAUCGUCCACGAAGGCGCCAUUCUGGGCCUGGAGACACUCAAAGAGUCUGCAUCCGUCUUUCCGCCUUUGGAGAGUGCCCUUGGUGGCUUGCUCAAACUGGUUCAUACAUGCGAGUUGAUGGUUCAGAAUGCAAAUGACUGCCAGGAACUCCACGAGCGUAUCCGAAAGAUCGAGCAGGACUUGCACAGCUGGGCGGCCCGGGCCCAAGACGCGCCCGCGCAUUCCGGAGAGUUAGCUACCGCUUUACAGACAUUUCACACGUCGUUGGAGUAUAUCAUGAGAGAUGUCGAGACACUCCUGAUUCAGCAGAGUAAACGCAAAUGGUGGCGGUUUCUGCUGGCUCGCAAGCACAAGCUCCGCAUCGACAAUUUGCUGUCAAGACUUUCCAUUGCGGAUGAGGACUUCCAGCGAUGUCUGGGAGUUCAAUCCAGCCGUCAGAUUGCUGUUAUCCUGGACACAGUCAUAGAAACUACGGAGGACAUGCGAAUUCUGCGUCUAUCAGUCUUUCAUUACAGCAUGGUGGCAUCUAGUUUGAUCGGGUUAUUUGCCUAG